UGGGCACUCUCGUUGUAGCCUCCUAUAUAACCAAAUCGAUUGAAUUAGGGUUUCGGGUAGCAGCCAGCUAAGGACGAGCAAGAAGAAGAGCAGCAAACAUGGUUCUCAAGACGGAGCUUUGUCGUUUCAGUGGCCACAAAAUUUACCCAGGAAGAGGAAUCAGAUUUAUCCGAUCUGACUCUCAGGUGUUCUUGUUCAUCAACUCAAAGUGCAAGCAUUACUUUCAUAAUAAGCUGAAGCCUUCCAAGCUUGCAUGGACUACCAUGUACAGAAAGCAGCACAAGAAGGAUGCAGCUCAAGAGGCUGUCAAGAAGAGGAGACGUGCCACUAAGAAGCCAUACUCAAGGUCUAUUGUUGGUGCUACUUUGGAAGUGAUUCAGAAGAAGAGAGCUGAGAAGCCAGAAGUUCGUGAUGCCGCAAGAGAAGCUGCUCUUCGUGAUAUCAAGGAGAGAAUCAAGAAGACUAAAGAUGAGAAAAAGGCAAAGAAGGCUGAAUUUGCUUCUAAGCAACAGAAGAUUCAGGCUAAGAUCCCCAAGGCUGCUGCCAAGGGAGGUCCCAAGUUGGGUGGUGGUGGUGGCAAACGCUGAUUAAGCUCAAAACCAUUUAUUGUCCAGUUUGACAACUUUUUAAUGUUGAUUUCAGAAUAUUCUGCAGAAUCCUUAUUAUCUCAAGUUUUUUGGUGCCUACGAACCUUCA